AUGGCAGUAAGUUACUGUAAAACAAUGGUAAAAUUAUGUUGUUGCAUGUACAUUAAUUGAGUGAUUAAUCCUAUACUACAUGGUUCUAAACUAAUCUAAUCAGUUAGCUAGUAUUGAUGCAUCUGUUACUGAAAUGGUUGUUCCAGUUUUAAAUGGCUUAGGUAGUCACCUCACAAUGGCCCAUAUUGUUGAAGGGUUUCAGAGUAGGUGGGCUGAUCUAGGAUACGAAUUGGAUUCAUUGUUAUCUAAAAGGCCAAACUGAUCCUAGAUAAGCAAUCCUACUCUGAGAAGCUUGAUAAAUACAGACCAAUGUUCCUAACCCUGGGAGUCAUUCUGAAUGCAAGUUGCAGUUGAAUAUUCCUACUGUUGGAUAUCAUAACUCUGGUACUAUUCUAAUAGGAAUAACACAUCACUUUGCAAACCAGCAUAAUGUUACUUGCAUAAUGUUACAAAUUCUGGUACCUUCCCCCAAAAUCCUCAGAUUUUCCAGAAAUCCUGGUUGGAAGAUUCCUACAGGGUAUUUUGGGUGAUUUACUGGAAUCUUGCUACCCUACUUGCAGGCCUGAUGUGGCCUGUAAACCAUGAGUUUCAGGCCACUGUAAAAUAGUACAUCUCUCCAAAUAAAGGCCUAAUGAAAUACAUACUGUGGUAAAUAAUUGUAUUUGAAUGAUUACAUAUUUGCUUAGGAUCUCACUUGUGAAGGCCACGGGACUGAACAUGAAUGAAUGCAACAACCAUGUCCCUGUCACUAACAAAUACAGUCAUGCGUGGUAACUCUACAAUUCAUUUGAAAGGCAAGGCACUCUGGGAAAUAUGCAAAUAAGGCUUUACAGUAAGAGCAUGUUACUGUAAAACGACUACAGUAGCAUUAUUGGCACUAUAAAUCAAUUACAGUACCAGCAUUAGAUACUGUAAAAUACAGUACGGUAACAUACUGUUCCUUUUUUACAGUAACUUACAGGCUGCCAGUAAGUUACUGUAAAAACAACAGGAUUUUAUUUUAAAGUGUUCAAAAAGUUGUUAGUGCUUUAAAAACACAGAAUGAUACUGUAUUCGGAAUUACAGUAAAUUACUGGCAGCAAUUGGCCAGUAAGUUACUGUAGAUUCUCAGGACAAGGUUUGUAGAAUGCCCAAAAACACCUGUACAUUGCUGUAUUCUGUGGGGGUACAGCAUUCUCACUUCAUCACCAUCAUCUACCAUCCUCUGUCUAGCUCCCUUCGCUCAAGCCAUGACCUUGACCCUCUCCAUCUCCGGAGUAUGCCGCAGUCAAAGACUUGACCUCUAUUGGUUGACCUGUCAAGAUAUAUUACUUGUUUGUUUUUUGCUCUUAAAGCGCUCUGAGGUUCUAUGAAAAGCGCUAUAGAUUAUUAUUAUUAAUCAUUAUUAAUAAAGUGAUGCGGAAAGGCAAAAAAGCACUGCUCUGUGAAACACCUCAGCUACUAAAGAUACAUCAUAAGAAUGUUCUAACGAUGAUGUUAAAGCUAUAAAGGCUCUGGGAAAUGAGGCCCUUAACCGCUGGGUCAUAUCUCAGUAACCCAGCAUCAACAACCCAACCCUGCUCUUUUUUAAUGAUAACAACCCAACAAACACUGCGUUUACAAAGGCAGCCCUAUUCUGAUAUUUUUGUUCAUUAAUUGGUCAUUUGACUAAUCAGAUCAGCUCUGAAAAAGAUCUGAUGUGAAAAGAUCUGAUGUGAUUGGUCAAAAGACCAAUUAGUCGGAAAAAAUAUCAAUAUUGGGCUGCCUGUGUGAACGCAGCCUAAGUGACCAAUGACUCCCAAACAUGGUCCUGGUGCCCCCCACCCUGGGUGCACGUUUUGGUUUUUGCCCUAGCACUACACUGCUGAUUUCUUAUAACCAACUCAUCAUCAAGCUUUGAUUAUUAAAAUAAUCUGUGUAGUGCUAGGGCAAAAACUAAAACGUGCACCCAGGUGGGCCCCCAGGACCUAGUUUCCAAACAACCCAGCAUUAUUUAGAGUGAGUGUUACCUGUCCAAAAUUGUAAUCAGUAACGUAACUUUUAGAUUACCCAAACUCAGUAAUGUAAUCUGAUUACAUUCAGUUACUUUUAGAUUACUUUCCCCUUAAGAGGCAUUAGAAGAAGACAAAAAGGGAUCUAUCAAACGCAUUUGGUGUGUCAUAGUGGUCAGACUCGCUCAGGUGGAACAAACUUAAACGUGUGCCUUUUUUCAAUGCUGAAUUGAAUGUCAUUGAAAAACAGAAAGGUGUCCAUGUAUUUUUCCCCAAACAUCCUUUCUGAAUGUAAAAUGUAUCCAUGAAGUAAUCAUCAAGUUUUUCAUAAGUAUCUGUACACUCUAAAAAGUGCUGGAUUAAAAACAACCCAAUUUGGGUAAAUAUUGGACAGAACACACAUUGGGUUAUUUUGACCCAGCCAGUUGGGUCACUCAGCUGGGUUGUUGGGUUAUUGAUGCUGGGUUAUUGAGCUAUGACCCACAACAGAAGACCACCUGUUAUAAUAUUGAAAGCUGCAAUAUGUAACUUUUGGGCCGACCCAAAAACAAAUCACAUAGAAAUAUGAGUUAUAGAUAUGUCAUUCUCAUUGAAAACAAGUCUAAGCACUAUUUCUAUGCUUCUUGUUUUGAAGUUUAGUUUUUGCGAUUUUUACUUUCGGUUUUGUACACCAGCUUCAAACAGCUGAAAAUACAAUAUUUAUAGCAAAUAUAUUUCAUAGCGGUUUAGAUGGUAAAAUGAUUGUCUACACUUAUACUUACUUGUUUUGUCUCACAAACUGAAAUUAGGCGAACUAUUAGAAUUUUAGCAACCAGGAAAUGGCGGAGCGCUUUCUGCAUAGUGCAUCUUUAACUAAUAAUGUUAUACAUUUUAUACUAGAUUGUGUAACAUGCAAAACUAUUAAAGGAAAAGUUAAAUUUGCAGUCUAAAAACGAAAUAUGAAACAGAAAUGACAUUUACUCUCACAGGUGGCCAAAAAUAAUAAUCUGAAAGCCACAGCUCCAAUAGGACAUGCCUCCUGAAAAUAACCUGAUUACCCAAACAUUUAGAAAAAAGGUACACAAAUACAAAGUAUUGAUCAUUAUUAUCAUAUUACAGUUUUAAAAAGUAAGUGGUCCCGCUUUAAAUGACGUUCAGCUUAUAAAGGCUUCAUAAAGUCUUCAUAAUGCCUUCCUAAGCACUACAUACAUGUGUUACAAAGCAUCUAUAACCAUAUGUCAUGCUUUAUAAAGGGUUCAUAAAUGUGGCAUAACUGUGUGACAUAAUCACCAAUGUCAAAUUUGACAUAACCCACUAUGUUGAAUAUGAUAUAAACGUGCUUUAUAAAGGGUGACAGGUUGUGCUGAAGGAUGGAACACGCUCUAAAGUGAAGUCAUGUUAUUCGCAUUACACCUGAUCUCGUUCCCAGACACUUCCGCCAAAAUGUGCGGAAGGUCUGGUGGACCAAUGCAUCAAUCUUGGCCUUCAUAAGUUAUGGUUAGGUUUAAAGUCAGAUUUUAAGAAGAGAAAUUGUGGAAAUGGCCAGGGUUUAGCCAUAAUUAUGACUUUGUGGCUGUCUUAACUAGUGACGACCAGCGGGGACGUUUUUGCUAGCAAAGGACAUGGCCUGAUGGCAAACACUUUACUCAGUAAGCUCAUUCACAUAGAAUUCUAUGGUCACUCCCACUAAUGGCAAUUUUGAAUGGUUGAUAUCCCAGGCUUAUAUGGGCUGUGUGUGCAACAGCCUGGGGAUGACACUACACCAAGAAACACUUACCUUGAUGGGGCGGCAGGUAGCUUAGUGGUUAAGAGCGUUGUGCCAGUAACUGGUUCUAAUCCCCGAGCCGACUAGGUGAAAAAUCUGUCGAUGUGCCCUUGAGCAAGGCACUUAACCCUAAUUGCUCCUGUAAGUCGCUCUGGAUAAGAGCGUCUGCUAAAUGACUAAAAUGUAAAUGAAAGCCACCAACGUAAGUAAAUUGAAAGUGGCUUUCUUCUGGAACCAAGGUACAUGUUCCUCAGUACACAAACACCCACACAACAAUGGAACCAGCCAUACCACGCAGUGCUGGGCUCAGUCUUUGACACGUUCAUCCGGUCCCCCGUUGAAAGAUCAGCCACAAAAUGUUGGCACCACUGGAACAGGUAGUAAUCAAGCCCUGGUCUCCAGCAUUGGAACAGAAGAGGAAAACCUAAUGUUGUAGUCUCAGGUUGGACUACUCAAAAUCAUUGUGGCUCUGACACACACACACACACACACACACAAAUGGAAGCUUUGCAGUUCCAUCAAACCAUUUAAAUACCUCUCACACCCUACAGUAACCUGUGGAUCAUGAGAGAACCUUCAUAAAUUAGCAGAACGUUAAUAACCUAUUUGUGUGGUGUUUAUAAAGGCUUUAUCAAGGCUUUAUAAAGUGUACGUCAUUUAAAGCGGGACCAUAAAGGGUCAGUAUAUACAGUACCAGUCAAAAGUUUGGACACACCUACUCAUUCCAGGGUUUUUCUUUAUUUUUACUAUUUUCUACAUUGUAGAAUAAUAGUGAAGACAUCAGAACUGUGAAAUAACACAUAUGGAAUCAUGUAGUAACCAAAAAAGUGUUAAACUAAUCAAAAUAUAUGUUAUAUUUGAGAUUCUUCAAAGUAGCCACCCCUUGCCUUGAUGACAGCUAGCUGAGCAGAGUGCUAAAUCAUCUGGCAAAAGUUCUAUAUUCAAAAGUAAAACAAAUUGUCAACAUUUCUAUAUUGUGAACAACGUUUAUUUCGCGUAAUCUCUUCUGCCUGGCAUUUGCACACUUCUCAUAGCCACGUCCAUCAGGAUUCUUCACUAGGCGCUGUCACAUGAUGUCAGUGUCAACACAUUCUGGGCACAUUCCAGGUCGUCAUUAUUUCAAGCGCGUUUCACAGAUGGGCAGAUCUCACAAAGUCAGGGGAAUUUCUCAGAAACCAGUGUACCACCCCAAUAAUAUGGCUUGAGAUCUUGAGAUGAAGCCUUCAUUCCUGGAAUAAAUAAGUGUACCAAUGCAUCAUCAGGGUUUCAAAUGUGGGGCAAGACACAUCGUGGGAGUUGACCAUUGGUCUGAAAACCAACCAUUUCUGUUCCUGGGACAGAGCAACAAUGCGUCACACCCAAAAGUGAGAAAAUAAUUAUUGUUUAACUGUGCAAGCUUUGAAAAUAAGGUUGCAUGAUGAUACAUAAGGGUUCAAUAUUAAACACAUUUGUAGGUGCAUUUAUAAAUGGUUAAUAGCUGGAGGUAAAUAGUGGCGCACUAUUUGGCAAGCACUGACUGGCUUAUUUUUACAAAUGUUUUAUAACCCAUUUAUCAAUGGUUUAUAAUGCAUUUAUAAAUGCUUAAAUAACCAUUAAUAAAGUAAUUACAAACCCUUUGGAAACCUGUUACAAAUGGAAUCUUAUUGUAAAGUGUUACCUUUGCUGGUAAUGUAACAGAUUACAGUUAAAUCUUUGGUGGUAUCACUAUCAGAUAACAUGUAAUCAGUUACUCCCCAACCCUGCGUAUGUGCUUGUGUGUGCUUGUGCGCAUGGGUAUGUGUGUGUGUGUGUGUAUAUUUGCCAAGACCAGUUGAAUGUGUUCAGCCCACUGCUGGCUUCAGAGUUGACCUUGAAUACCAGGUUCAGAUCGAACGUUGUCAUUAUUUCCCUGUGUGCCAUCAGAUGGUUAUCCGCACAGGGCCUGUGUGCUAAUGGCACCCUAUGCCCUAUGGGCCCUGGUCAAAAGUAGUGCACUAUAUAGAUAAUAGGGUGCUAUUUGGGACGCACCCAUACUGUCCAGCCUAGCAAACAGGCCAAUAGGGCUCUGCUCAAAAGUGUAAUUGGGGAUGUAUAAAAUGUAUUUUUUUAUGCAUUUUAAAAUAUAUUUGAAUGCAUGACAUACGUUUGUAAAUGUAUUUGUAAUACAUACAUUUGUAUGGAAAUAUAUUAUUUGGCCAAUUCUUUAUUUUUCACGUGCUUAGUUUCUGUUGUGUUACUUACUGCAUGGGCAAGGGGCUCUAGACUAGAUGUGCAGAGGGAGAGUUUGUGUGUGUGUGUGUGUGUGUGUGUGUGCGUGAGUGUAUACAGUAUGUGUCUCCAGGUCCUGGGGCCUCAUUUAUAAACUGUGAGUACGUACAAAAUAUACCCCAAAAUGUGCGUGCGCCAGUUGUCAUGCAAAAGUAGGCAUUUAUUUAAAACAAUACUUGACGUGAGAAUGCACUCACCUCCCCGCAAACUUUAGACCAUGCGUACGCGCAUCUGCUAGUGGUUGAAAUAUUGUACUGCAAGCUGGCAAGUAGGCCUAAGUUUUUUUGUGCAAAUGGGGAAAAUCUAUAAGUUUUAUUUGUUUAAUCUAAAGUAAUUAGACAUAGGAAUCUUUUCCCUAUUUAUUUUAUUUUCAUAACCAUUGCAGAAUAAAUUCCAGAAGGGUCCAUACAACAAAUGACCAUGCGCAUCUCUCAUUUAAUUGGACCUAGUAGCCUAGUAAAUGGAUAGGCUAUAUGUAUUUCAAGUUUUGCCAUAUCAUAGGCAGCGCGGUUUGAAACACCGUUAUACAGUCGAACAGCUGAACAGUUGACAACUUGUACAUUGAAGUAGGCAUAUGUAAUGCACUGUAAGUACUGUAAUAAAUAAAAAAUGUAGCCUGCCCUAUACAAUGUUUCAGAAUUCGUGGACAGUCCAUCGUAUUUAGGUUGGGGGAAAGGUCGAUGCAAAACAUUGUUGAAUUAAAAUGUUCUGCUGACAGGUCCACAACCAUUUACCAUUUUUUUCUCUUUCAGAAACUGACAGUCCUUUUCCAGAUACAGCAUCAAUUACUGCUAAAGAUUCAAACAUUAAGACAGUAAAAUAGAGACAGUAAAAUACCCCCUAACGAGAAAAAAUUUAUAAAAUAAUAUGUAAAAUAUUAUGUAAAAUAUUUGACAGUAUGGGUAGGCUACAGUAUUGCUCUGCGAUAGGAGCGUGACAUCAUUGCCUAUUUAAUCUCAGAGCCUAUACCAAGGCAGGACAUAGAAACCCAAUAAUCUCUUGAUAAACUAAAUGUUGAACAACAAUUAGUAUUUUGCAUGCCGUGGCCUAAUGCCAAUAGUUCCAAAUUAGCCAUAUACAGCAAAUAAAGGGCAUUAUUGUCACCAUAAAAGGUGAAUGGAGGGCGCUUUCCAGAGUUUUAAUGCUGGUUCACACGUGCACAGUUUUACGACAGGUCUGAUUUAUAACUGGAAACAUGUGAAUGUAUGGUGUGAUCCAAGUUUAUAAAUCUCAAUAUUUUUGUACGUACGCAGACUCAGAAAUGGCGAACACAGAAAUGUUGUGUGAAAUUUACUCAACGGUUAUAAAUGAGGCCCCUGGUCUCCGGUUGAGUAGUGGGGUCCAGUGACUGUGCCGUCCUGUGGUUGAUGGCUGACCAUGGUCAUGUGGUGGAUAGUUCGUCCCUUUCCUAUAAUUAGGGACCGGUGUUUAAACCCCCCUCCUCCUCCCCCCCCUCCUCUCUCCCCUUCUGGCCCGGUCAGGUGGUCUGGGCUCUCCUCUGCUCUGUCUUUAACGAUUUGUCAGGAAUCUUUGCCAGAGAUGUGGUCUAUAAAUAUCAGGAGCGAGCGGCUGAGUUCCUCUCUCUCUCUCUCUCUCUCUCUCUCUCGCUCUCUCUCUCUCUCUCUCUCUCUCUCUCUCUCUCUCUCUCACUCUCUCUCUCUCUGCCCCCUGAUGUUUCUCUACCUCUUUCUCUCUCCUUAACUCUCUCGCUCUCACUUUCUUUUUCCGUCGCUCUCUCUCUCUCAAUUCAAUUGAAUUCAAUUUAAGGGCUUUAUUGGCCUGGGAAACAUAUGUUAACAUUGCCAAAGCAAGUGUAAUAGAUAAUAAACAAAAGUGAAAUAAACAAUAAAAAGUAACAGUUAACAUUACUCUCACAAAAGUUCCAAAAUAAUAAAGACAUUUCAAAUAUCAUAUUAUGUGCAAAUAGUUAAAGUACAAAAGGGAAAAUAAAUAAAAAUAAAUAUGGGUUGUAUUUACAAUGGUGUUUGUUCUUCACUGGUUGCCCAUUUCUUGUGGCAACAGGUCACAAAUAUUGCUGCUGUGAUGGCACAUUGUGGUAUUUCACCCAAUAGAUAUGGGAGUUUAUCAAAAUUGAGUUUGUUUUCAAACUCUUUGUGGAUCUGUGUAAUCUGAGGGAAAUAUGUGUCUCUAAUAUGGUCAUACAUUUGGCAGGAGGUUAGGAAGUGCAGCUCAGUUUCCACCUCAUUUUGUGGGCAGUGUGCACAUAGCCUGUCUUCUCUUGAGAGCCAGGUCUGCCUACGGUGGCCUUUCUCAAUAGCAAGGCUAUGCUCACUGAGUCUGUACAUAGUCAAAGCUUUCCUUAAGUUUGGGUCAGUCACAAUGGUCAGGUAUUCUGCCACUGUGUACUCUCUGUUUAGGGCCACAUAGCAUUCUAGUUUGCUCUGUUUUUUUGUUAAUUCUUUCCAAUGUGUCAAGUAAUUAUAAUGUUUUAUUCUCAUGAUUUGGUUGGGUCUAAUUGUGUUGCUGUCCUGGGGCUCUGUGGGGUCUGUUUGUGUUUGUGAACAGAGCCCCAGGACCAGCUUGCUUAGGGGACUCUUCUCCAGGUUCAUCUCUCUGUAGGUGAUGGCUUUGUUAUGGAAGGUUUGGGAAUAGCUUCCUUUUAGGUGGUUGUAGAAUUUAACGGCACUUUUCUGGAUUUUGAUAAUUGGCGGGUAUCGGCCUAAUUCUGCUCUGCAUGCAUUAUUUGGUGUUUUACAUUGUGCACAGAGGAUUUUUUUUGCAGAAUUCUGCAUCUCUCUCUCUCUCUCUCUCUCUCUCUGGCUGUGAGCCUGCUCUGCUCUGUAUAUGUUUGUAGAUGUGUAUGUGAAAACUCAGAUAGCAUCCGAAAGCACCAUAAUCUCAGCAAAGAUUUUCCUCGAGCUAAUAUAAUGGUGUUCCGUCUCCUUUUUUAAAUGUUAUUUUUUAUUACCUCCUUUUUCUCCCCAAUUUCGUGAUAUCCAAUUGCAAUCUUGUCUGAUCGCUGCAACUCCCCAAAAGGCUCAGGAGAGGCGAAGGUCGAGUCAUGCGUCCUCCGAAAAAUGACCCGCCAAACCGCGCUACUUAACACCUGCUCGCUUAACUCGGAAGCCAGCUGCACCAAUGUGUCAGAAGAAACACCGCUCAACCGAAGUCAGCCUGCAGGUGUCCGGCCCGCCACAAGGAGUCACUAGAGCACAAUGAGCCAAGUAAAGCCCCCUGGCCAAACCCUCCCCUAAACCGGACGACACUGGGCCAAUUGUGCGCCGCCCUAUGAGACUCCCGGUCACGGACGGUUGUGACACAGCCUGGGCUCGAACCGGGUCUGUAGUGACGCUUCAAGCACUGCGAUGCAGUGCCUUAGACCCCUGCACGACUCGGGAGGCCCACGUGUUCCGUCUCCUUACCAAUACACAGACCAUACUCUAUUACAAUCUAAAAACACACAUUCACCCUCAAGCUUUUUGGACUUCUCUAAACCAUGACAUAAUUUCCUGUUGUUUUGACAGAUAACGCUGGCAGGGAGCAGGUGGGGGUGGGGGAAGAGUGGCGUGCCAACGUCACCAUGAUGACGACCAUGGCGGCGGGUGUGGUUGUUGUGGAAGGCAGAGGCGGCGGACACCGAGGGCCGAUAGAGGCCAAACCGCCGCUGCACACCAAGCUGGAUGUGAUCCAGAAGGAGCAGAAUAAGAAGAGCCAGAGCUACAAGGUGGAGUCAGAAUCUGGGGGAGUCAAAACCAACAUGCCCAGCUUCUCCCUGGAGGACAAGAGGGAGACCGAGUAUGUAAGUAAUGACUCUGUCUAGCGCCAUGGAUAUAGACACUUAACUAAUACCUACCACCCCUAUCUCUCACAUACUGUACAAAUGACCUUCCCCACACAUACAGAGACCCACCUGUAUACUGACACACAAAGACCCACCCCCUCCCCUCACCUGUUUACUGACACACACAGAUCCACCCCCUCCCCACACCUGUUUACUGACACACACAGAUCCACCCCCUCCCCUCACCUGUUUACUGACACACACAGAUCCACCCCCUCCCCACACCUGUUUACUGACACACACAGAUCCACCCCCUCCCCACACCUGUUUACUGACACACACAGAUCCACCCCUCCCCUCACCUGUUUACUGACACACACAGACCCACCCCCUCCCCUCACCUGUUUACUGACACACUCAUGUUAGUACUGUGUUACUACAGUGUUAGUACUGUGUUAGUAUGGUGUUAGUACAGUUCUAUUGAGGUGUUGUGUGCUGUGUAUGCAGGGACCAUGCAGGCGAGAGAUGGAGAGCAUUCUGAACAGUCUUAAAAUCUCCAAUGUGCUCAACCCCAGAGGCUUCCGCAUCCCCAACUGCGACAAAAAAGGCUUCUACAAGAAAAAACAGGUGAGUCUCACUCUGCUUAAGGGUAUUGUACACACACACACACACACACACACACACACACACACACACACACACUCACUCACUCACUCACUCACUCACUCACUCACUCACUAAACAGGCUUCUGAAAGAAUCCUCGCCCAGGCCCCCCACGGCAUUCUUUGAGGUUACCAUAACAGAAACAUCAAUAACAUUAUCAACAUAAAUAAUAACAAGGUAUUACAGCGACAACUGCACUCUGCUGACUCACUACACUCUAACCAAUUCUGGGUUAAAAACAACUUGAGUAAAUAUUGGACAGAACACACGCUGGGUUAUUUUUGACCCAGCCAGUUGGGUUGUGUUAAUAACCCAACAACUUGGGAUUACCUAAUAAUGGGUUAAUCAGUUGUUGUUGUUGUUCUUGUUUUUACUCUUAUGCUGGGUUGCCCAAGCAGCUGGGUCUUAAAUGUUUGAUCUUAACAUGUGAUGACUAUACAACAGAACAGAUUAACAGGAAUUACAUUAAUGCUCAUGGGUGGCUAAAAAGAACUAUCUGAAAGCCAUGUCCCAACUAAACUACGCCUCCAGUCUUUUGAUCUGACCCACUGGAUCAUAUCUCAAUAACCCAGCACCAAUAACCCAAACGUUUUUAAAGAAAACAAUCCAACUAAUGACCCAACUCCUGCAAUCCAGCAGUUGGGUCAACCAAACAACCCAGCAUUUUGUGAGUGUAGGAACCGCAAAUGGGUUUGUUAAAGAACAUUUUCAAAAAAUGUCAUCUUCAUAUUCAUAAUCUCCAGCACCACCCCAACAUCAAUAUAUGUGAAAAUGCCGCUAUUCUAUGUUUUGUAGUAAAAAAGAUAGAGGAAGAUGUGUUUCCAAUGACAACAUCAGUAUGCAUCGUGAUUUUAACCAAUUAUGAGUAGGCAUUGCCUACUAAUUGCCUACUAAUUGUCUACUAAUUGGUUGAUGAUGUCAUUGGGAACACUUAUCUUCCUCUAUAUUUCUUACUACAACACAUAGAAAGAAUUUCUCACAUACAGUAUGUUGAUGUUGGGGUGGUGCUGGAGAUUAUGAAUAUUAGGUAGAACAUUUUUGAAAUGUCCCUUUAAGUGAGUGUGUGUUUGAGAGAGAGCGAUAGAGAAUGUGAGCGUGGUCUGAGCCUGUGUGUGACACAAGAUGUGGUGGAGUAGGAGUGCGGCUGGCAUGCAUCUGGUGGAGAGGAGAGAGAGCUAGUGUUUUGGUGAGGGUGAAGAUGGGUAGGUCUCACCAGAGAACACACAGAAACUACCACUGGUGUUGUUCUUAAUGUCUGCGGAGGGACAGACGUUGGCCACCCAUGGUCUAGACACCAACAAAGAAUAGAGGGUGUAGAAAAUAUAUCCAAUAUUUGCAGAAUGCUGGGUCUGUGUUGGGCAUACAAUAUGCUUAAAAACAAUUGUAAAUACAUUACAUUUUAUGACAAUACAUAUUAUCCAUACGGAGAGGAUAUGAUGCAACAGCCUACUGGACGGAGGGAGGGGGGUGGUACACACACACAUCAAUCCAACCCAGUAAAUACCCCUAUCAUCCCACUUCCCAGGGACGGAAGGUCUAAGAAAUGGUCUCUGACGAUUCCGAGAAAUGGAAUGAGUCAUAUUAUAACCCCCCAUUAACACCACCGUGACUCAGAGACCAUUGGAACCCACCACACGCACAUAUAUACAUGUACAGGGGCAUACACAAACACACACACUCACACACACACACACAUACUGUAUAUGCAGUGACAUGUAUAACAGUUGGAUAUGUGAAUUGAAUUCGAUGCUCAGUAUCAGUCUGGUUUGGUUGGAGAGAGUGUGGUUAGAUUGGGGCUGUAGCUACUAUGGCAGUAACCUACUAGUCAGGGCUCUAUGCUGAUUUUAUUUUACAAGGAGCACGUGUUCCUAAAUUGAAAAAGUAAGGAGCACACAAAGAAAUUUAGGAGCACAAUGAAAGUAUUUUGAGGAAGAGUGUUUUUUAUGAUAAGAAAUUACUAAAAGUUGAUGAAUAAAGUGUUCCAUGCUCAAUAUACUAAACAUUUGAGUCACUUAGGUGAGACAAAAAUGUUUAGCUGCCCCUUUAAUGGGCGGGCCGUUACCGUUGUAACGAUGGGACUCGCAUAUCUGUCUGUUAGUGAUGGAAAGUUUGGUUCUUUUUACUGACUCUGAUCUUUUUGACUCGUUCAGUCAAAAGAACAAAUCUUUAGACUCAUUUUGUUCAUUUGAGCCAGUAAUGCCCAGAGCAUGCAGGACCCCCUAUCAGCGAACGAUGAACUGAAAACUCGAAAGAGUCAUGAUUCUACAAGCCUUUCAUUGACAUGUUGUUCACCAUAGGGGGCUUAUUUGUGCUGUCUUUUGUGACUGAGACUUGUAAAAGUGUGUUUUAAACAAUAUAGGCCACAUUUGGUUAUACAAAGCUGUGUCCAUCAUAAUAUUCAAUGAUACAUUAAUUGCAUUCAUUCUUGCACCAUGUUAUCAAUGAUCAGUUCUAAACAUGUAUUUUUAUUCUCUAUGCUGCCUGCAGCGUGACUUAAUUUCCUGCAUGCAUUUAUGACAGACAGUUGUUGGUCAGAGCACAUCUCUGGAGCCGCUGAGCCAGAGGAGCGUGUAUCAGACCUGCUGUAGGACUCAUUACGGCCAGCAGGUCAAACGAACAACUAAAACAUACGAGUCACUCAGAAAAACGAAUCAUGACUCUCGAGUCAAUACAAAUAGUCAUUAAAAAGAACAAAUCGUUCGGCGAACUGCACAUCACUACUGACUGUGAAAGAUGAGAUUCUCCAAUGUCUCUCUUCGCUAGCAGUUGAUCAAGCUCAAACUAACAUUGAAAAACAACGUAGCGUGUUAACAAAACAAUGUAAAUAGUCAAGAGGACAAAGUCACUCUUUAGUAGACUUUCGGGUAAAUUUGACCAACUUCUAUGCCUGUGCGCUGCUUCUAAAAAUGAAUCUUUCAGCACUUCAGUCACAGUGUGCAAAGCCCCCCAGGCACUGUUGCUGCUCGGGAUGGGAUAGCUAUAUUGGAUUUGUACUUCUUUAUGUGAUUAGCUACCAGCUAUGAAACAAAAUGGCAGAAAUACUUUGAAAAUAGCCAUGGCAGCAAUUGUUUUUGCUAUAAAUCACAACUCGUACAUGUGCUCAUACUUUACUUUCUCAGUUCAACACAAAUCUAUUUUUAGGCAUAGGUGCUACGAGUACUAUGUGGCCUGGUCUCUCUCUGUCUCUCAUGGUCUCUCUGUAGCUACUAUGGCCUGGUCUCUCUGUCUGUUAACCUUUGUCCUACUAAGAUGUUCUCUUAGAAACAUGUGUCCCUCAGAUGACUGGGUGGGAGUUUAUAUAAACCUGUAAAUGUUAAGUCAUGCUCCAGCUCCUGCCCCCCUCAGUGUGGAGAGAUAGAGGGGUGCAGUGGAGUAGGGGGCAGGGGAGUAGGGGUAGUGCUAGAGGCACGGGCGAGCAGGCAGGGGUGUUGUGGUAUACCCAUCGAGGGGAAUGUGUGGUCAUGGUGUGUUCCAGAGAUUUAUGACCGGAAAACACAGUGAUGAGGAGACCGUUUGAACCGUCUAGACUAGAGUGACAAUACUGAGAGAAGGAGAAAGGAGGGAGGGAGGGUUUAGAAAGAGGGGGAAGAGAGGAAUGGAGGAAUGGAAAGAAGGAAGGAGGGAGGGAGCAGAGUCAUGGAAGUCUGUGUGUGUGUGUGUGUGUGUGUGUGUGUGUGUGUGUGUGUGUGUGUGUGUGCGUGUGUGCGUGUAUUAGCGGUGUGAGGGUCAGCUGUUUGUUUACCAGCACCCGACCACAAUUGCUAAUAACCCAUCUGCAACCAUGUGACUAUAUGUGAUAAAGUGAAAAUCUGAGGCCCGCACCCGACCCUAACCCGCUAAUAUAGAAAAUGCGCUGUAGGCUACAGUCAAAGACAGCGGAACAAUUUUUUGACAGGGGGUGCAGGAUUUAUUUUGCCUAAUUUAGUUUCUGCUUAUAAUUUCCGACAUUUUGGUAGGCUAUUUGUUAGUCAACUUGUCUAUAAUUAGAUACAUGUAGUUUCCCUUCUGUCAUUAUGUUGCCCUAGAAGACUAAAUAAACCCUUGCUCAACAGAAUAAUGUUAUAGAUUGAUAGAAUGAAUGCUUCAAUCUAGUUGACAUCGGUAAAGUUUCUCUGUCAACUUCUUUCGCGGAGCAGAUGUUUAGGACCAGGGAGAAAAUGCAAUAACAAAAAAAAAAGUGAAUGAUUUUCUCUGCAACAUUUCAAAAUGACAUCAGUUUGGCUUGGAUACAUAUUUUAUGUGGUUUAAAUACUAUCAGCUUUUAUGAUGCUGAUAAAGAUAGCACCUCUUCAGACGGUAUCUAACUGAGCGUUCACAUUCUUUCAAGAUGCUGAAAGAAAGAAAUCAUAUUUUUCCACUCCUUUUCCCUAGUCAUAGAUGUAUAAAAUCGAGCACACCGCCAUGCAAUCUCCAUAGACAAACAAUGGCAGUAGAAUGGCCUUACUGAAGAGCUCAGCGACUUUCAACAUGGCACCGUCAUAGGAUGCCACCUUUCCAACAAGUCAGUUUGUCAUACAGUGGGGAAAAAGUAUUUGGUCAGCCACCAAUUGUGCAAGUUCUCCCACUUAAAAAGAUGAGAGAGGCCUAUAAUUUUCAUCAUAGGUACACGUCAACUAUGACAGACAAAAUGAGGAAAAAAAAUCCAGAUAAUCACAUUGUAGGAUUUUUUAUGAAUUUAUUUGCAAAUUAUGGUGGAAAAUAAGUAUUUGGUCACCUACAAACAAGCAAGAUUUCUGGCUCUCACAGACCUGUAACUUCUUCUUUAAGAGGCCACACCUGUGACGAGGUGUGAAAGAAGGAGUCAGGUUGCAGGAGGUAAAAUACCGAAGUCCAGAGUUUAAUCAUUUGCAUAAAUCAAAUGCCCCAAGUGUCAAACGAAAAUGUACAAGGGAAAACAUCCACCUUGGCAAAUACACAGUGAAAUGUAGCUCAACCGAGCUACAUGCUCUCACAACAAAACUCCGGUGACGGUCAGCGUUGGCCUUCUGACAACGCACGGUGCACUGGAGGCGAACGUGGGCAGCGUCCCAAGUCUCCUCCGCACGCCGAAACCAGUCAUCCACCGCGGGAGCCGCGGUCUGGCUCUGGUGCCACGGUGCCAGGAGCAGUUGAUACCCCAAAACACAUUGGAAGGGUGUUAGGUUAGUGGAGGAGUGGCGGAGAGAGUUCUGAGCAUAUUCUGCUCAUGGCAUGGAACACCGACCACUCCCCCGGCCGGUCCUGACAGUAGGUCCGGAAGGAACCUACCCACAUCUUGAUUCACCCUUUCCACCUGCCCAUUGCUCUCGGGUGAAUACCAGAGGUCAGGCUGACCGAGACCCCCAGAUGUUCCAUGAACGCCUUCCAGACUCUAGAUGUGAACUGGGGACCUUGGUCGGACACUAUAUCCUCUGGUACCCCGUAGUGCCGGAAGACGUGAGUAAACAGAGCCUCCGCAGUUUGUAGGGUCGUGGGGAGACCGGGCAGAGGAAGGAGGCGGCAGGACUUUGAAAAGCGGUCCACAACGACCAGGAUCGUGGUGUUACCUUGGGAGGGGGGAAGAUCAGUGAGAAAAUCAAUACUCAGGUGAGACCAUGGUUGUUGUAGAACUGGUAAAGGUUGUAGCUUACCCGCUGGGAGGUGCCUAGGUGCCUUACUCUGGGCGCACACUGAGCAUGAGGAAACAUACACCCUCACGUUCUUAGCCAAGGUAGGCCACCAGUACUUCUCGGUCAGGCAGCGCAUUGUACGACCGAUACCUGGAUGACCAGAGGAGGGUGACGUGUGUGCCCAGUAGAUCAGACGAUCACGGAUAAGCGCAGGCACGUACUGCAGCCCAGUUGGACACUGCGGUGGAGAUGGAUCUGUGCGUAAUGCCUGCGCUAUAUCUGCGUCCAUCGCCCAUACUACUGGCGCCACAAUGCAUGAGGCCGGGAGUAUGGGGGUGUUGUCUCUGGGCCUAUCCUCUGUGUCAUACAGCCGAGACAGUGCAAUGUCGCCAGUGUCUCCACACCGUCAAAGCUCGGACAACAGCCAACAGCUCCCGAUCACCAACGCCGUAGUUCUGCUCCGCCGAGCUGAGCUUCUUAGAAAAGAAGGCACAGGGGCAGAGCUUGGGUGGCAUGCCCGAGCGUUGGGAUAAGACCGCUCCUAUCCCUACCUCGGACGCAUCCACCUCCACUACGAACAGUAGUGAUGGAUCGGGAUGAGCCAGUACCGGGGCUGAGGUGAACAGACCCCGCAAUCUACUCAAUGCCAAAUCAGCCUCAGCAGACCAGCGGAGCUGGGACGGCCCACCCUUCAACAAGGAGGUAAUGGGAGCUGCGACCUUGCCAAAACCCAGAAUAAACCUUUGAUAGUAGUUGGCAAAGCCAAGGAAGUGCUGCACCUCCUUUACCGUGGUUGGAGUCGGCCAAUUACGCACGGCUGCAAUGCGGUCUCCCUCCAUCUCCACACCUGUGGUGGUAAAGCGAUAUCUGAGGAAGGAGAUUGACUGCUGGAAAAACUCACACUUCUCUACCAUGGCAUAAAUAUCAUUUUCCAGCAAUCGGACCAGUACUUUGCGAACCAGGGACACAUGCUCAGCGCGCGUAGCGGAAUAGACCAGGAUGUCAUCGAUGAAAGACCACCACACCACGACCAAGCAUGUCCCGAAACACCUCGUUCACAAAGGACUGGAAAACGGAUGGAACAUUCAUCAAACCGUAGGGCAUCACCAGGUAUUCAUAAUGCCCCGAGGUUGUGCUGAAUGCUGUUUUCCACUCAUCCCCUUCCUGAAUAUGCACCAGGUUGUAGGCACUCCUGAGGUCUAAUUUGGUGAAAAAACAGGCCCCAUGCAUUGACUCAAUCACUGAAGGAAUGAGGGGUAGAGGAUAACUAAAUCGUACCGUCACAUUAUUCAUUGGUCGAUAAUCAAUGCACGGGCGUAAACCGCCAUCUUUCUUCUUCACAAAGAAGAAACUCGAGGAGGCAGGUGAAGUGGAGGGACGUGUAUAUACCCCUGGCGCAGGGACUCAGUGAUGUAUAUUUCCAUAGCCUCCAUUUCAGUCUGCGACAGGGGAUACACAUGACUCCUGGGAGGUACAGCGUCUACCCGAAGGUUUAUCGCACAAUCCCCCUCCCGAUGAGGAGGACAGCAGAUUGUCCAGCCGGAUGGCUCCCCGUAGUCCAGCCGGAAAACUCCCCGUAGUUCUCCAAUGUGGUACCUCCCUUGUUCCAUACCGCAUUGGCCCACUCCAGGGCUCUCCCACAAAGGCAGGAAACAAGGACGGAUAUCUUCUCCCGCCCCGGGGCUCCGGUCUGAUGCUGGAGAAAUACAACUCCAGUUGGAGAAGGAAUCCCUUACAUCGCGCUGCAGUCCCGUCAAAUGCCGGUGGCCGGGAUAUCUGGAUCCCUCCAGGGGCUGGGGUGUAGGUGGCUGGAUCCGGUUGACCAGCUGGUCACGAAAGAUCGGAUCCUCUCCUCUCCAGGCGUUCAACCACCUGUAGAAGCCGAUCCAUCGCUUCCCCCAAGCUGGCCAACAUCGAGGAUUGCUCCUGGACCCUUGCCACAACUCCAGGCAUGCGGACUUCUCCUGCUGACUCCAUAUCAGAUUAGGUGAGUGAUUCUGUGACGAGGUGUGAAAGAAGGAGUCAGGCGCAGGAGGUAAAAUACCGAAGUCCAGAGUUUAAUCCGUUUCCAUAAAUCAAACGCCCCAAGCGUCAAACGAAACUGUACAAGGGAAAACAUCCACCUUGGCAAAUACACAGUGAACUGUAACUCAACCGAGCUACAUGCUCUCACAACAAAACAAUCACUCAGAAAGACAAGGGGAACAGAGGGAACACUUAUACACAUACUAAUUAGGGGAAUGAGCACCAGGUGUGUGUGAUUGACAAGAUAUGACAAGUGGAGUGAUGAGAAUGGAAUCGGAAGUAGCUAGUACUCCAGUGACGACGAACGCCGAAGCCUGCCCGAACCAGGAGGGGGGGGCAGCCUCGGCAGAAGUCGUGACAACACCAAGCUCACAGAACGGGAACGCCGAGUGCUGAAGCGCGUAGUGUGUAAAAAUCAUCUGUACUUGGUUGCAACUCUCACUACCGAGUUCCAAACUGCCUCUGGAAGCAACGUCAGCACAAUAACUGUUAGUCGGGAGCUUCAUGAAAUGGGUUUCUAUGGCGGAGCAACCGCACACAAGCCUAAGAUCACCAUGCACAAUGACCAGGAUUGUCUGGAGUGGUGUAAAGCUCGCCGCCAUCAGACUCUGGAGCAGUGUAAACGCGUUCUCUGGAGUGAUGAAUAACGCUUCACCAUCUGGCAGUCUGACGGACUAAUCUGGGUUUGCCGGAUGCCAGGAGAACGCUACCUGCCCCAAUGCAUAGUGCCAACUGUAAAGUUUGGUGGGGGAAGAAUAAUGGUUUGGGGCUAUUUUUCAUGGUUCUGGCUAGGCCCCUUAGUUCCAGUGAAGGGAAAUCUUAACGCUACAGCAUACAAUGACAUUCUAGAUGAUUCUGUGCUUCCAACUUUGUGGCAACAGUAAGGGUAAGGCACUUUCCUGUUUCAGCAUGACAAUGCCCCCAUGCACAGUGUGAGGUCCAUACAGAAAUAGUUUGUCGAGGUCGGUGUGGAAGAACUUGACUAGCCUGCACAGAGCCCUGACCUCAACCCCAUCGAUCACCUUUGGGAUGAAUUGGAAUGCCGACUGGCUGAAUGGAAGCAAGUCCUCGCAGCAAUGUUCCAACAUCUAGUGGAUCUAGUUAUAGCAGCAAAGGGGGGACCAACUCCAUAUUAAUGCCCAUGAUUUUGGAAUGAGAUGUUCGACGAGCAGGUAUCCACAUACCUUUGGUCAAAUAGUUUACAUUUAUGGAUUUUUUAAAUGUAUUGUUUUCUUUUUAUUCAACCCGCCCACUACCCACCUACCCCUCUUCCACACAAUGUUUAAUUACGCUAAACCCAUCCACCAGCGGAUAUAACCUCGGGGACUGCGGGUUAUGAGUCAACCUGUGCCUCACUAGCGUGUGUUUGUGUGUGCGUGUGACAAAGCUUAAGCUAGGGUAGCCAUACCUGUAAAGGCUACAGUGAAGUCUAAAUUUAGCUGCAUUGGUUCAAUGUCGAAGAGCAAGCAUGAAUAGCCCUGUCCCUUCAAUGACUCACCCCUCUAAUCUUUCUCUCUCUCUCUCUCUCUCUCUCUCUCUCUCUCUCUCUCUCUCUCUCUCUCUCUCUCUCUCUCUCUCUCUCUCCCUCUCUCUCUCUACCAGUCCUUUCCCUCUCUCUCUAUGCCUCCCUUUCUUCUUUUCCACUCCUCUCCCGUCUAUCCAAUCACCUCUACCCAGUAAGUUACUGUCAUUUAUUUUACAGUACAGCUACUGUAA